CUCCAUCCCGCUGCACUUAGUCGUUGGGCAUACAGCUUGCCCAUGUCUCCCAUUCCGAUGAUGCCAAUGCUGGCAUUUUCCCUUGUGAGAACCAUCCUGAUGUACUGCAGACCGGCUGCGAGCAAUGCAGUCAAAUCAAAUUGCUUGAUGUCGAAUGAAGACAACACUGGUCUAGGAGAAGCAAGGGAAAGAAAUUUUCUUAAAUAGACGCUGACAGUCAGCACUCACCGCUCCGGCCCGACUCCAGCUUCCGUUCUGCCGGAUAUACUCCCUCGCUUGAGAAUCCCUCCCGCCUUUGAACAACCAAUCAGAGGCGGUGAACCCCGUCUAGGGCACACACCCACUUUUCUAUCCAACUUUCUUUUGAGUCUGUUGUUCUUCUUCCUCUUCUCUUCUUUCCAUAUUCCAUCCCACAACCGACAAUCGCAAUGCCUCCCAAGAAGACCCCCGGCGCCGGCGCCGCCGCCAAGGAGAAUGUCACUCUCGGUCCUUUGGCCGGUGAUGGCAAGCUCGUUUUCGGUGUUGCCCGUAUCUUUGCCUCUUUCAACGACACCUUCGUCCACGUUACCGAUCUGAGUGGUCGCGAAACCAUCUCCCGUGUCACCGGUGGUAUGAAGGUCAAGGCUGACCGUGACGAGUCCUCCCCCUACGCCGCCAUGUUGGCCGCCCAGGACGUUGCUACCCGCUGCAAGGAGCUCGGUAUCAACGCUCUGCACGUCAAGAUCCGCGCCACUGGUGGUACCGGCACCAAGACCCCCGGUCCCGGUGCUCAGUCCGCCCUCCGUGCCCUCGCCCGUUCCGGCAUGAGAAUCGGCCGUAUCGAGGACGUCACCCCCAUUCCUUCCGACUCUACUCGUCGCAAGGGUGGUCGCCGUGGUCGUCGUCUGUAAGCAUGUGCGGGGCUGUCUUCCAACUUGUUCGGUUGGUUAUUACAGUGGGCACGUGCCUUUUGCGGAUGUGGAUGGAAUAAACGCGGAGAACGGCUUUUUCGCCUGGUCUUCAAUUCCUUGUCCGAAAAUAAAAUCUCAGUUAGCGUAUCAAUGUUAUGCUGGGGAAUU